CUUCCUGAGUGUUCAGACCCGGAAGUGACUGACAGGGUGGGUUUGUUUGUGUGUGCUGUCAGGUUCGGUUUGGGUCAGUAUGGCGGUUCCACCUCAGUUGAAGGCCAUCCAGCAUCAUUACAGGACCGCGCUGGAGCAUGACAAGAGAGACCCGGUGGUGGCGUAUUACUGUCGCCUUUACGCCAUGCAGACGGGGAUGAAGCUGGACAGCAAAACCCCCGAAUGCCGCAAGUUUCUCGUGAAGCUCAUGGACCACCUGGAGAAGAUGAAGCAAGAGCUCAGCAGCAACGAAUCCAUUUCCCAGGAGAUUGUGGGAAAUGCCCAUAUCGAGAACUACGCCUUAAAAAUGUUCCUCUAUGCUGACAACGAGGAUCGAUCAGGCCUUUUUCACAAGAACAUGAUCAAGUCCUUCUACACCGCGAGCCUCCUGUUCGAUGUGCUGUCUGUGUUUGGCGAGCUGUCAGAGGAGAACAUUCAGCAAAGGAAGUAUGCGCGAUGGAAGGCGACUUACAUUCACAACUGCCUGAAGAAUGGAGAGACCCCUCAGUCUGGUCCGAUCGGCAUGGAAGGGGAAGCAUAUGACGAUGAGUUCGGCGCCGUAGCCGGAGGGCCGUCUCCGCCGCACCCCUCCUCCAGUGCGGAUCCGACGGACGGAGGACCGGCGUCUAUGCCUCCACCCAACUACAACACCGUCCAAGUUCCUCCCGGCUCUCACGCUCCAGCCAACACACCCGCAGAUCUUCCUCAUCCAGCAGAACCCAUGAAACCAGUCCCUGUUCCCCGGACCGUAGCUGCGGUUGAGCCCACGCCCAUCAGCACCAGUCAACAAGGCGAGGUGCACCUCACGCCGGAGGACUUCACCCAGGCUCAGAAGUACUGCAAGUACGCCGGCAACGCUCUACUAUACGAAGACGUCUCCACGGCCAUCCAGAAUCUACAGAAAGCCCUCAGGCUUCUAACCAUUGGCAAAGAAUGAGAGCUUUGUGUCUUCCCUUCCUCUCUUUUGCUCCCUCCCUCGCUCGCAUCCUACUAUCACUGAUCUGGCCUUUAUAAACUGUUCAGCUCUCAAUAAAACAUCUGUUCCACA